UAAUUGGCACGUUGAAGGCGUCUGAACCGAACCGAGCUUCUUUUCAAUUUUUCAUAUCUUUCUCCUAACGGGGUCAACUUAGAGGACGAAGGAACCUCAUUUUGUCAAGUUGUUGUGUCGGGACAUUGUGUGACCGUCAACACCCGGCGCACCUCCAUCGCUGAGGUUGCAACCUCAACUACAACUGAUGUGCUGUGGUAAAGGAGGACAAAAUAAUGACAUCAUCGGCCAAGGGCAGCGGUCAUCAUGCCCCACCCCGGACAAGCGGCAGCACCUGAGUGUCACGGAAGCUCCCACGGCCCGCAGCACGGCAGCCCCCCCGCCGCCGCCGCCCCCCUCCACCGCCAGAGUUCCGAACUGCUCCGCAGUACUUUUGGAGCCGCUAAGCAACGCGAAGGAAGGAUCUACGCGAAGACUCCUGGGACUCGCCUUCGCUUUUUUUGUUUUGUUUUGUUUGUUUGUUUGAGAAGUUCGGGGUCUCUGCAUGAAAAGUCCAGCAGCUGCAGCAUGCCGAGGAGGAAGCAGCAAGCACCGCGGCGCUCAUCAGCUUACGGUCCUGAGGAUGAGUUUGGAUCAGACAAAGCCGACGAAGAGGAACCCCUUCAGGAUGACGGCCUCUCUCUGGACGGCCAGGACAACGACUACUUGUUCAACGACGAUGAGGAUGCUGGGGAUCGCUUCAGCUGCCAGAACUCUCCACUCAGUAAUGGGACUAACCCGGACGCUGGCUACGCCUCUCCGCUCAGCGCGGCCAGCGAUCACCUGGCGGAUCUCAAGACGCCACCCUUCUUCAACGACGCUCGGCAAAAGCUGGAGGAGAAGCCAGAGGAGAGUGCCGAGCAGCUCAAUGGCCUCUCGCUGCAGGACAGUUUGGCCAAAAUGAAAGCAGUCUAUGCAAACUUGAUCUCAGACGCCUCAUGGUCUAGCAUCGCCUUGGACAUGCUGAAAACUAAACAAGAUGAAGACGUUGCGUCCGGCAAGAACAACAAAAGCGAACAUGACGAGCGCAAUGGGAUUCUAAACAACAGCAGCCAGGCGAGCGUCCUGUCAAAGAUCAGAUCAAGCAGCACCUGCGCUACCACUAAUAUGACUACCAGCAGUACCACUGCAUCAAGAAGCGCGUCCAACAACGUCAGUGUCAACUCGGGGCUAGCCUACGACUGGCACCAGGCGGCCUUGGCCAAGACCUUUCAGCACACGCCAUACCAGCUUCUCCCCGAACCGAGCCUCUUCAGCACCGUGCAGCUCUACAGGCAAAACAACAAGUUGUAUGGCCCCGUUUUCACGGGCGCCAGUAAGUUCAGGUGCAAGGACUGCAGCGCGGCCUACGACACCCUGGUGGGCCUGACCAUCCACAUGAACGAGACGGGGCACUACCGCGACGACAAUAAAGACACAGAGGACGAUCGGGGCAAGAAGUGGUCCAAGCCCCGCAAGCGUUCCCUGCUGGAAAUGGAGGGCAAGGAGGAUGCCCAGAAGGUUCUUAAAUGCAUGUACUGCGGCCACUCAUUUGAGUCCUUACAGGACCUCAGCGUCCACAUGAUUAAAACGAAACACUAUCAGAAAGUGCCUCUGAAAGAACCGAUGCCAGCUCUCACCUCCAAGCUCGUCCCGCCGACCAAAAAAAGAGCCUUUCAAGACUUGAUGUCGCCAAGCUCCCCCGAUUCAGUGUCGCCCAGCGUCCCGUUCGGAGAAACGCCUAAAGACCAGAAGGUGACCAAUCCCUAUGUCACGCCCAACAACCGCUACGGUUACCAAAACGGCGCCAGUUAUACGUGGCAGUUCGAGGCACGCAAGGCGCAAAUCCUCAAGUGCAUGGAGUGCGGCAGCUCGCAUGACACCUUGCAGCAACUGACAGCGCAUAUGAUGGUCACGGGACACUUUCUCAAAGUUACCAACUCAGCCUCUAAAAAGGGCAAGCAGCUUGUUUUUGACCCCGCUAGCGAGGAAAAAUUUCAGUCCAUUCCUUUGCCGCCGACGACCACCAAGCUCCCAGCUCCAAACGGGAAGUCGCAACGUGACUCCCCUUUGCAGCCGGCAAGCCCCGUGGAAGAGAGUAGGGACGGAGAGGAUGAAGAGUUAGAGGAAGAGACUCUGAUCCCGGUUGAACUCGACAAAAAAAUUAAAGAAGAGAAGGAUGAGCCACCUGAGAAGUCAGAUAAGCCCGAUAAGGGAAAGUCUUACCAGUAUCUCAGAGAAGAAGACUUGGAGGAGACACCUAAAGGGGGACUGGACAUCUUGAAAUCGUUGGCAAACACGGUUUCAAGCGCAAUCAACAAGGCCCAGACAGGUACGCCGACGUGGGGCGGAUACCCCAGCAUCCACGCAGCCUACCAGCUCCAGAGCUCCCUCAAGUCCACUCUGCCUUCUUGUAUGCAGGUUCAACCUUUAUUCAGCAACAACUCUCUUAAGGCCGCGCCCGCCGACUUGGUUCCCGGCAGUCCGGCGUCACCUCAGAGCCACAAAAACAAUGUGCUGGCCAUGGAGAAACUGGUGGAGAAGGUAACUAUGAAGAGCUCGGUGAAAAGUGAAAAAGAGGAGAAGGUCAGGUCUUCCAAGUCACCGUCGCCAAAUUGUAAAGACAAACGGGUUUCACCUAAUCCAGAAAAGACUGUCAUAGACAAAACGGAGUCCAGAAGCAAAGAAAGUAGAAAGGUUACACAGAUCAAGGAGGAGGCAACAUCGCCAAAAAAGGUUGUCAAUGAAGGCUGCAACAAUCUGAGCAUCAUCACAGACCACUCCCCGGAGCAGCCCCUCGUCAACCCUCUCAGCGCCCUGCAGUCCAUCAUGAACACCCACUUGGGCAAAGCCGCCAAAGUGACAACGCCCUUCAGCGACCCCUUCGCCACGCUCUACAAGCUCAAUGGCAAGUCGGUUCAAAUCAAGCCUGCCGAACCGGUGGUAGAGUACCAAAACGACGACCAGCCCAUGGAUUUGACCAAAUCUAGGAGCACCAAUGGACCCCCGGUGAAUUGUACCACAUCUAACCGACAACCGGGCUCCAAAAGUGUGUCCCAUUCGUCAUCGCCGCCCCUCCGGGAGAACGCUUUAAUGGACAUAUCAGACAUGGUAAAGAAUCUGACCGGCCGCUUGACGCCGAAGUCCACGACGCCGUCCUCCAUCUCGGACAAGUCCGACGUCGAAGGGGGGACCUUUGAGGACAGUUUGGAGGAGUUAUCCCCCAUCCAGAGGCGGAAAGGCCGGCAGUCCAACUGGAAUCCGCAGCAUCUCCUGAUCCUCCAGGCGCAGUUUGCCUCCAGCCUGCAGGAGACCACUGAGGGGAAGUUUGUCAUUAGCGACCUGGGCCCCCAGGAGCGGGUGCACAUCUGCAAAUUCACCGGUCUCUCCAUGACCACCAUCUCGCAUUGGCUGGCCAAUGUGAAGUACCAGUUAAAGCGGACAGGUGGCACCAAGUUCCUCAAGAACAUGGACUCGGGCCACCCGCUGUUUCUGUGCAACGACUGCGCCUCCCAGUUCAGAACUCCUUCCUCCUACAUCCGCCACCUGGAGUCCCACUUGGGCUUCACCCUGCAGGACCUUUCCAAGCUCUCCAUAGACUUCCUCGAGCAGCAGGUCGUCGGCAGGACGGACGAAAAGACUCUCGGCCCGUCUGAGUUUACGGAUCACGAGGACGACGGCGGCGGCGGCUCGCUCAAUCAGUGCAAACUGUGCAGUCGGACCUUCGUGACCAAGCACGCCAUCAAACUGCACCUUUGCAAGACGCACGGCAAGUCCCCUGAGAACCACCUGAUCUUUGUCAAAGAGUUUGAUAAGCAGUGACUCGGCCGUGGGGGCGCAUCACGGGAUUUACCGUUGCACUAGAAUGUCUAGCUUCAAUCUGUCCAAUUAGAGUGACACAACUGUACAAAGCGUCAUCACAGCACACCUGGUAGCUUUACCCAGUCCGCGUAUCAUUCGUUCUUUCCAGUUUACAUUGGCAACCGUAAAUCAAAAAAUUAAAAUAGGAAUUUAGCUUUAUGUUGUGAGAGUUAAAAUGUAUUAAAAUAUCUAGGAGACCUGGAUAAGCUUAAAGAUGAUUUAUUUUUGCAAGAAGAACCAUAAAGCAAAAUCAGUGUACACAGAAUAAUUCUCUGAGCAUCUACUUUAUACCUGUGUAAGCAACGCCCCAUUAUCUUCACUAAAUAUGGACUGCUCUGUCUACCAUUGGUUUCUCUGAUGUCAGCAAGGUGGUCUUGUCUGACUUGGUUUUCCUCUGAUUUAAUCAAACCGGAACGAGCCACCCAUCCACAACAUACUCAACUAUUCACUCACCAGUCAGUAUUUAACAAGUUACAUGUGAGACUUAUAUUUAUGUAAGAAUGUGCAGAAAUUAAUCUAUGAUUGUAAACAUUUUCCAUUUUUUAAAAAUCAUUUUAGCCCUUCCAAAUCAUUGAAACACAUUUAAACUUAUUAAAACACACUUUUUAAAAUAUUCCUUAGUUCUCGCUCAAAUAAUUGUAGUGUGUACUUGCUUCACGCUCUUUUUUUUUUUUUUUUGUAACUUCCAGUUGAAGUUUACUGUUAAAACUGACAUCAGAGUUAAACAUCGUUUUAACACCAAAAUGUUCAACCAAUCCAUAAUAAUGUGAAAUGCCAUAGAUGAGCUAACAAAUUAACACAGAUGUUACACUAAUGCUAAACUUUUAAACAACUGCUACUUUAACACACAUGGAGCAGCAACACAAAGAAACAGACCAUACACUGUUGGGGAAAACUGUAUUAGUUGGGGACCUUCUCUGCCUUUUCCUCUGGCUGUUAGUUACACUGCACUUUUCCAGUAUUUAUUUUUUUGUCUUUUUUAUCUAAACCUAAAAUUGAAUUGUGAAAAAUAGGUCAUUUUGUGUUAGAUUAAAAGUUUGCAUUUUAAUGUUAUACAUUUUUGAUUGCCAAUUGAUAAUGGAAACAACAGAUGAUACACAGAUUUUUCCGCCACAUUGUGUAAUUACUCAUUCGUGCAUUAUGGUCGUACAAGAAGAGUGGGGUGGGGGUCGGGGGACUCUUGCACUGUUCCAAAGCUAAAACGUUCCGGGGUGAUGUAAAUUGUUUCAAAAUGGCGCCGCAACCGCGUCGUGGCCGACUGAUUGCCGCUCUCGUUCGCGCACUGCAUCUUUUAUGAGCCUUUGGGAAUCGUCCAGCUGUUGUUUUAAGACUGGACCGGCGCUCCCCUGUUUCUGUCACGGUCAACUCGCGUAUUAUUUAUGAGAUGGUUUGUGCAUGUUUUAAUGUAAAGCGGCAGUCAAAUGAAAACACCAAUUAUUUUUUUUUUAAUUGACAAAUGUAGGUGAAGCAGUUGAAAGAUGUCCUAAAAUUCAUAUUCAAACUAUUCAAACAAUGGAAUGAAGGAAUAACACUGCUUGAAAAAGCAGCAAAAAAAAAAAAAAAAAAAAAAAAAAGUACCACGUUUGUUUCAACGUGUACAGUAUUUGCAUUAGUCAGGUAACCGUUGUAAUAUGAAGUUACUGUGUGAAUACUCAGCAAGCGUAUGUGCGUCAGCAUAGCUUGCAUGUUAUGAUUCCACAUUUGUACUGUGUGAAUUUUUAUAAUGUUAUUUUCUAGACAAAGAUGGCUGAAAGUGUAUAAAGUUAGGUUUUGUUUGUUUAUUUUUCAUUAAAAAUGUGGUUUACACAAAAGCACUCGUAACAAUAACAAAGAUUAAAAAACAAAUUCUCAACGUUUUGUUGAAGUUUAUUACGUUUAUUUGCAAUGAUGUUAUUUUUGUCUUUGGUUGUAAAAUAAAGGCCAUGAUUUAAACUCCA